AUGUCUGAAAGGUCAAGAAAAAGGAAGCACAAGAGGUCCUCUAAAGAAGAGGAGACAUCCACAAACCAACUAACCUCUGACAGGUCCAAGAGGAGGCACAAUGACAGCCACUCUAGCCAUUCUAAGCAACACAGAGAGCAUGGUUCACAUAUGGAAAAGGAAAGCCGCCGAAUCAAGAAGGCUGAAUACAAACACUCUACUCGUGAACAUACAGACAAAAGACGGCGGGUUUCUCAGACGGAUGCGGCUGAUUCAAAGACAAAUAUUGCUUCUGCUUCAACGCACAAUAUUACCCUUCUUAAAAUGCAGCAUAGGUUUGUAGGGAAAGAUGAUGUUGCCAGUAGGAGUAAAAUAAAGGAAACAAGAACGUCAAGAUCCCAGAGCAUCUUGAAAUCAGACACAGAUCAUCGAAGAAAAGAAAAACACUCUAAAUAUAGUUCAGAUAAAAAGUCUCACCAUGUGGGCGAACCCAAUUUUAAAAAGAGAUGUCCCAGUUAUGGUACAGAGGAACGGCGGAAUACAUUUCGGGAUUUGCUGAAGAGCAAAUGCAAAGAUGUGGAAAUACAGAAGGCUCAAAAUGAGAGCAAAACAGAAGAGAACAAUAAAGAAAGCCAAACAAGUAUCGUCAAAGCGACAUCUCGGGAAAGUCAAGAAUUGUUGGUAGAAGAAAAAGAAAUAUUGGAUACGAAACCAUCCACAGACUCAACUGAACAGCAGUUUUCUAUUUCUACCAAGCCCAAAAUGUCCUCCAAAAUUGCUAAGUCAUUAGAUGCGAUUCCCAAAAUAUCUCCUCCGACACCUGUACAUUUCAAUUUCAAGAUACCAAAGAAAGUUAAACCAGGGUUCGCUAAGACAAACACAAGUGAGAGGAGUGAUGUUACCAAAACAAGCAAGACCGGCACAUGUACGACUGAGCACGCUGUCUUGAAGGCCUCAGCAAACUCUGUGGAUGUUUCUCCAAGUUUUUUAAAGUCAUUUGAAAGAAAAGAUGAAAGUCCAUCUUCGUCAAUUGUCCCCCCCAACACAUGUGAUGUCAUUGCAGAAGAGACGAUUGAACAGAUGCAAGUCGCAGAAGAGCUUCACCUUGCCCGGACAGAGAAGAGAUUAGAGGUGGAUAUAAUGCAGAGCUAUGGAGAGCUUACCUGUAUGGACAUAGACCCCCCAGAAGAGAGCAGGACAAAUACUCUAUGCAAACAACCUGCUCACCAAGAUGUGAUCCUCGUUUUGGACACCAACAUUCUCCUCAGUCACUUGGAUUAUGUGAAAAACAUGCCAAAACGUGGCCUUGGAGCUUUUGGUAUUCCAAUUGUCCUGAUUCCAUGGGUGGUACUUCAGGAACUGGAUUCUUUAAAAAAGGGAAAAGGCCUCAAGGAUUGCGUGGCCCAUCUGGCCUGUCCUGCCAUUUCUUACAUUUACAAUUCUUUGAAACUGCGAGAACGUCACCUUUGGGGGCAGUCAAUGCAGCAGGCAGCUGAAAUUAAUAAUAGUCUGAUUGCUGAGAAUAAUGAUGACAAAGUGCUGCAGUGCUGCCUUCAGUAUCAAAAUUUGUACCCAGGCUGUGCUGUCAUCCUGUGCACAAAUGAUAAGAAUCUAUGCAGUAAGGCUGUCCUCAGUGGGGUUAAAGCCUUGAGCAAGACUGACUUGGAGGCAGAGGUUGAGCAGUCACAGCAAAGCCUUAACAACCUACAAAGCACUAUCCUCCAGAGGCUUCCCCAAAUCGAUCUGCCAAUGUCUGCACCAAUACCCGAAAGCGGCUGUACCCAAGCUCCAUCUUUUACUAAAGAAUGCCUGUCUUUGUGUCUCCCAGAAGAAGAGAGAAAAAGUCCUGCGGUGGAAGAUGAGGAGAAAAUAAAUAGAUGCAUCCCUGAGUUUGAAGAAUGCCUGCAGGAGGUGCUGUCUAAUGUGCUUGAGAUGGAGAUGAAAGCAGUUUAUAAUGAGUUAUGGAAAGAGAUCAUCUACAGAACACCACCUUGGAAUCUUCUUGACAUUUUGCAAUGUUUGAAAAAGCACUGGAUAGCAGUAUUUGGCUUCAUUGUCCCACGAUCUAUGCAGCAAACAGUUUUGAAUCUAAUUAACUUCUUUCAACAAGGUCACUCAAGAGACCUGAGGUCUACACUGGUGACGCUCCAAGAAGCAAAGGAGUUUGUUAAAGCAUUUAGACAAAGGUCUAGUCUUGUUCCCAAGGCACUAACUGCAAUGGACAAUAUUGUUCAAAAGCUGAAAACUAAGCAUGAGUCAGAUGACUGUGAUGUUGUGAUGAAUGAGGAGAAUGAAGCCAAACACACCCCUACUGCUCAUGUCCAUCACCAUGAAGUCUGGGCUAUGUUUGAGAACAUCUGGUGCAAAGUUUGUGAAAUAAGCUUGGAAGUGUUCAAAGCUCUGGCCUUUGAUCCUCAUACCAGACAGAGUGCUUUGCCAGUAGGAGGUCCUGCUCCACCACAGGAUGCUGUGGUCUGUCUGAGCCAAAUAUCCUCCACAGUCUCGCAGCUGCUCCAAGCCUUCAUCAGUGUUCUGUCUUCCCCUGGUUUACAAGAAGUGCAGCUGCUUCUCAGCAUGAUCAGAUCAAAUAAGAUGGUUGACGUUAAUUCCAGACUGGUGGACACGGACCUGCUCAAUUGUUUCUCACAACAGGACUAUAGAGAGAAGCUGAGAGUUGGAGUGAACCAGCUAAAGGAGCUCAAGGACGUUUUGGACCACUGCGUUCAGGCUAUGGGUCUGCACGCCAGUUUAAACAUGUAG